UGACGGUCCAGCCGACAAUUUUCAUUUAAAUUCUACCAAAUGAUUUGCCUACAAAACGGUCUAGAGAGGUACAGAGCCACAGCUUAGCAAACUAAGCGCAGAAAACUCUAGUGAUCUGGCGGUAUCCAAGCCAGUUCUAUCGACAUUUGUUUUCAAACGAGCUUUCCCGCUUAAAUCUGACGUUUCCCCAGUCCGGUUGUUUUCUUCAGUGCUCAGCGGGACUCCCGAGAGGGUAAACGUAUCCGAUUCUGAUAGAUUUUUGGAACAUUAUUUGAAUUUCAAAUUUAAAUUUCGAUUUUAUUUUAUUUCUCAAGAAACAAUGGAAAUAGUUACAGUUUUGAAAGCGGACAUGUAGUUUUAUAUGUGAAUAUGUAUAGAGUUAAGGAACUGAAGAAAGUUUAAGACUGUGAAAAUAGUGGGUUAGUGAUUCGAAAAUGAUAGGGCGCCUGAAGUCGACGUUUUUGUUUAUUUUCUUGCAUUGUUUUGGAGAUGUAACCAGCAUCGGCAACGUCAAGCUUCUUAUAGAGCCAUCUAUCGUCAAACGCAACGGCACUGCAGUGUUGACAUGCUAUCGCGAUAUGCAGGGGGCGCCACUGUACACAGCCAAGUGGUACCGAGGGAACCAUGAGUUCUACAGAUACACGCCCUUGGAAAAUCCUAGCACCAGAGUGUUUGGAUUACCUGGAAUUUUUGUUGAUAUGAACAAUUCUGAUGAUAAGAAAGUCGUCCUUCGGAGGUUGGAGCCGAGUCUCGCCGGCAAUUUCAGCUGUGAGGUCACUGCUGACAGCACCUUCUCCACCCAGACCGCCACUCAGUUUCUUGAUGUCGUGGUGACACCGGAGAGUCAGCCAGUGCUACAAGCAGAGAAGGAGAAGUACCAGCCGGGAGAGCUGAUGCGUGCCAACUGCACGUCCGCGCCCGCCAAGCCGCCAGCCAACCUCACCAUUUACAUCAACGAUGAACCGCUGCGUUCAUCCGAGACCACCUUGCACCCAUGGGACGGUGGGCUGUCCUGGGCCAGCGUGGGCGUGGAGCUGAAGGUCUCCUCGGAACUGUUCCAGGGCGGCCGCUUGCGUGUCACCUGCAAUGCAACCGUGUAUGACGUUUACAACGAGUCAGCCAAGCUGGACUUCUUCACUCCGGAGACUGACCCGCGUCCAGAAAGAAUCACACUUGGCAGCAACGCCACUAGAUGCCUCACCAGCUGGCUUCUGAUCUUCUUCAUGCUUUUCCUGCCCAUUGUGAUGGCUCAAGACUACGGCAUGUUCAACCAAGACGUCUUCAAUGAAGCCUAUGACAACAAUUUCGAAGAAAAUUACGAUGAUAACUUGUACUUAAUAGGAUCGACUCCUAAAAAGCCGCUUUUGUCACUUAUGGGGCAUUAAACUAGGUCAGCGCACAUACUCGUACGAUAAGAUUCAUACUUGUCUUACAUAUAGGUAAAUAUUGAAGUCACUGCAUCAAUCGUCUUUAAAAUAAUUGUAAUUUUGCAGGAUAAUGUAUAUUUUGUUGCUGCUGUUAUCUAGUACAUUUAUUCAUUUUCAAAAUUAAAACACCAUUUAGCAUAAGUAUGGCUGAACUGCAAAAAAAAAAGUUAAUUAAUUCCAUUGUAAUACGAAAAUAAACUAUGUAAAUUGUAUUGUAUUGAACUUAAUUCAACUCGUACACUGUCCUGUUAUCUUUUUUGUCUCUAUUGUUGACUUUAUUAUUUUAACAUAGUGUGUGUGAUACGACGCAUUGCUUUUAAUAGUAGGGGAGCCUAAGGGAGGUUUUGGGAUUAAUACAAGGGGUGAAUUGUUGCAUAUUUAUACAGGAUCGCACCUAUGACAGCCCAUCAGUUACCUUGACAAACUUGAGCGCGAUCGAUAAGUCCAUGAGGUGGCUGUCAAACUUGCUAUUGGUACAAAAAUAAGACGAUCAAAAUUCCUCUCAAGGCGCGGUAUCAAAUGUCCCGUCUAACUCCGAAUAGAAACACUGGUUCCCAACUUCCUAUUGAUGUCUCCGUAGCCUUCUCAUACCUCGAUUUCUUGAGGAUUGAGACUGGUUUGUAGAUACUCCUUCACAUUCCGGCAUGACCUUAUAGAAUCUGUUUCAUCAAUGGGAAGGCGACUCCGCAUGAAGUCCUUUUUUAUGAGGACGCUGUGUCGAGAUAGCACUCUUGCUUAUUACUAAAGUUAACGUAACGCCGCGGCCGCGGUCUGUGCAGUUAUGCUAUUUCCUGUUAAUCAGCACUUUUUUUAGGGCUUUGUCGAAAACGUGUUCGGCAUGAUCUUAGCUAGUAAAAAACUUCCGAGAAAGUUCCAGAGUCCGACCCCCGAUGUCUGAUUUGGACCCAUCAUUAAAGAUUCUUAGCUCAUGUAAUUGUAUGUUGUACCUUUUAUCGAAAAUAUCUUGUUUGUGAAUCCGAUCCAUGCCUGCCCUGAACAAAAAAUUCUUCAUAUACCUUUCCCAGGCAUGUUGUGUGCCAUGUGUGUUUUUGAUGUGUGCUAUUAAUCAGCACUUUUUUUAGGGCUUUGUCGAAAACGUGUUCGGCAUGAUCUUAGCUGGUAAAAGGGUAACGUAAGCAUUCGUCUGGACCCAAUGGUGAGCCAGUACUAGCAUCUUCUAGCCAGUUUAUAUACCGUAUCGGUACCUAGAGAAUCACUGUCGUCCACUAUAAAUUUUUUGUUUGUGGAACUGUCGGAAUGAAUUGUCGCCUGCGGUAUUUCUGGACCGAUACCACCUUCCAACCUUCAAUAUAAGAGCUUACUCCCGUCUUAAAGGCCGGUAACGCACUUACAACCCCUCUGGUGUGGCGGGUGUCCCUGGGAAAUGGUAAUCACUUACCAUCAGGCGAUUCGUCUGUUCAUUUGCCUCGUACCUAUGUCAUGAAAAAAUAUUACUUUAAUUUUUUUUAUCCCAUAUCAUCCCAUGCUACAUACAUAAAUGGUUAUAUCACAAAAGCAUAGCUUAGCACUGUCAGAGAAAGUAUUAUAUCUUAAGAUAUUAACUUUGAUCUAGCUCACAGUCUAGCAAAUAUGCACACCUCUAGUGUAAUAAAUUAUAAAAUAAAAAAAGAAACCAGGUGAUAGUUAAAUUUUCAUGUUAAAUAAUUUGCAAAAUAAUACAGUUUUAUUGCAGUAAAGAUAGAUAACAGGGUAAUUUCGCCGAAAGAAAAAAUAGAUACAAUUGUAAAAGCAAGCAAGUUCAAAAAAUUUAUAACAGUCACCCUUUUUCAAUAACUGAGUCCCAUAUUUUGUUAAAACUUACUCCGUGCAAAGAUUUAUUCAUCGCGCUCUGAUCAAAUUUUUGCGCGGGUGAAGUAAUUACUGAUAAUUGGAUUUAUCCUAACAGUGUAUUAUUAUGUUUUAUUAAAUUGUCAUUACUUGUUUUGUUGAAAAAUCGCCGCCCGGGAUUAUUUAUCUGAAGCCAGACACUUGGGUCCUAAACAGACAGGGAGUUGCGCAUUGGGGACACUUGAGGGGGUGGACCAUUAGGUUACUUUGUUGGUGCAGCACUGGUGAACGCGGGUUGGUGGAUCGCUCGAGACUAAUGUGUUGCUUAGCGAAAUUAUUUAACUACGAGCAUGACAAGUUGGGUAGUGUUAAGUACUGGACAUAUGCAAGGGAGGAGAAGGAGACGCGCGGGCGGCGGACAGAGCGCGACGUCUUCGCGACAGGCCGCGAGCGCCGCGCGGCACACACUCGGCUUCACAUACUCCACCGGCAACGGACGAAUACUGUAUUAGUUCUUUAUAAUUGCUUGACCGGGAUUUAUUUGUAAUUAAGGCGGAAUAAACCAGCCUAUUUUUAUACAGUCCGCAUUAUUAUUUUUACGUCCAGUAGGACCCUAACAGGUAGUUUAUACAAAAGUGUCCAAAUAUAAAGUAGGUAUUGUUGUAUCCCCGAUACAUUAGCAGCUUUUUAAAGAAGUAUUUUAUUGAUUAAAUCGGUUAUUUAUAUCUUCUCUUUUGAUCCUUUUUUUCUUUCUACUUCUUAAAGCGGGCUUGGGUAAUGGUUGUUCAUCACUAGGUACACAAAAUAGGUCACGUUCUACCUACGUAAAACUAGGUACAAAACUUAAACAAAUCAUGACCUACAUUCUGCGUAAAAAUAGGCACAUAACUUCAACAAAUCUUGACUUAAUCAAAUGUUUUAUCUUCGAGUAAAACUUGUGUACAUAGUUAACAGAAUAAAACAUACUAAAGUACAUAGUCUUAAGUAAAUUAAAUGUAAGAAAAGUAAAUGGAAUACUACCUAUUUAGCGUUUGAAAUUAUGAAUUAGUUAGGAAAUAUUGAUUUUCUUCAAAGAUUUUUCUAUGUAAUAAAAUAUUGUAUAUAAACAAACAAGGAAAUAAAAUUUCAAAUAUC